AUGAAGGAGCAACAACAACAGAUAUCAACACCAAUGGAGCUUCCUCCGCUCCCAGCCAAACACGACGAUUGGAUUGCGCAUAUUUCUAGUCAUCCAGACAAGUCGUUGCCUGAGUUGAUCGCUCCAUACAAAGAAUAUGAUGCCAAUCUACGCGAGGUCUUUGCACAACAACCAAAUCACCCUGCAAUAGGAAUUCCCAAUGUCGUCCCUAUAUUUUCAGGGCACGAGCGUGAGCUGAAAGUUCGUGCUCGCAACCUCGCAGACGAAACCGAAGCUGAACGCCAACGCUACAUCAUGCCCCUCAGCAAAGCGGAGCGCAAGCCCAAUGGCUCUCCAGCAGUCGUGACAUCGCUCAGCGACUUCCAGACAAACUUUCAAUUGUUCUCUGAGUCGUCUCUUGUUGAUUUGGACUGGUCCAAUGUUGUGGCUGCAGGCAGUUCUGUGGUGACAUCCUUAUUGCCAGUCUCUGAGCAGCACAAAUCUUCAAAGCGAGCCCUCCGAGAAUACUACCAUCAAAAGUUGGCACCUGCUUCUGAUGUCGAUCUCUUUCUCUAUGGUCUCAGCGAGGAACAGGCUGUUGAGAAGAUCAAGCAGAUUGAACAGCGCAUCAAGGACUCGAUCCUGACUGAGACGACUACGAUCCGCACCAAGAACGCCAUCACUAUCGCUUCUCAGUACCCAACUCGCCAUGUCCAAAUAGUUCUUCGUAUCUAUAGGUCUAUAUCUGAGAUCCUUACGGGUUUUGAUGUCGACUGCUCUUGUGUUGCGUAUGACGGGAAACAAGUCUAUGCCAGUCCGCGUGCUUUGGCUGCCUUCAUGACCCAGGUCAACACGAUCGAUUUGACCCGUCGCUCUCCCUCGUACGAGAAUCGCCUUUCCAAGUACGCGCGAAGGGGGUUUGAAGUUUACUGGCCGCUUCUCGAUCGCUCUCGCAUUGACCCGACACUGUUUGAACGUUCGUUUGGACGAACGCUUGGUCUUGCCAGGCUGCUGGUUCUCGAGAAGCUGCCCAGCAGCAGUGUUCGAGAAGCGUACGUCAACGAGCGUCGCACAGAGCGUGGCAGACCGCGGAUUGAUCGAUGGCCUACGCGAAAGCUGCGGGGAAAUAUGAAAGACAUGCACGAAGAGGAUGUUGCAGAAUGGGUGGAGACUGACGAAGUCAGUGACUACCAUACCUUCACCAUUCCAUACGGGCCAAAAUAUUCUGCACGAAAGAUCGAAAGGUUGCUGUACGCGAAGGACCUGCUACUCAAUGCAGAGUGGAACCGGCCAAAAACCCGAGAGACAGCACUGCAUCGCCACCCUGCAUUCUUUGGGAAUGCGACCGACGUAAUAGGGGAUUGUUGUGGUUACUGCCCCAAGCCAGCCACGCCUGAAGAAGAAGAAAUUGCAGCAGAAGAGGGAAAGAUCUAUGUGUCCGGGAAUCUGUCAUUCAUGAAAGAUGACCCGGGACGCCAGGCUAUCGGGUCAUUCCAUCCUCUUACCGAUGACGACUGGACGGAUAUGGCCUAUGUUGGCAAUACCGCAAGACUAUGUCGCGCAAUUGUAGACUGCGAUCUUGAACAUGUCCAGGACUGGCUGAGCCAAGAAGGUGCUGAUCCCAACCAGCGCGACUACACCGGCCGUACUCCGCUUCAUCUGGCAGUCACCACAUCCACACUGGAGAUUGUACAAGCUCUCAUUGAUUCAGGUGCUCGGCUUGUCUCCCGCCUGUUUGAUGGAAAGACUGCUCUCCAUCUUGCGGCUAUGCAUGGUGAAACUGAAAUGGCCAGGGCACUCCUUACCAGGAGCGAAUUCAAUGAAGAAAAGGAGGCAGAAAAGGAGACUCGUAAGCAGAGCCAACGGCAAGUUCCAAAAGAAGGCAGUGAUGUGGCCUCUGCGGAAUUGGAAGAGGAAAACGACACGGAUGGAGACGAGGCCGAUUCUUUUGAUGAAGAGUCUGAGAACGAUGACGCGAUGACGGAAGGCUCUUUCGUGAAAAUCAGGAACCAGGAAAUGUCAAGUCACGAUCCACUACCGGAAGAUGCAGACGGUGAGCCCGACAUUUACGACAUUAAUGUGUUGGCCUGGGACACACCAGUAUCCGCACUGCAUCUUGCCAUUGCAAACGGUCAUGUGCACACGGUGAAAAUGCUCGUCCAAGACUUUGGUGCCGAUGUUUUACUGCCCAUUAAGCUUGUGAACUCCCAUGACAAAUCGCCCCGGGCUGCGAUUCUCCCAUUGGUACUCGCACUGCAUCUUCCACCAGAGAAGGCCAAGGAAAUGACCAAGUUACUUAUCAGUCUUGGUGCCUCACCAGCUCAAGCAGACGUCGACCACAUGACAGCAUUGAGCUACUUUGCUGCGUAUGGAAAGGAUCUAGUGCAAACCAUGAUUUCAUCAAAUCGACCUGCGGCAGAACGAGCUGUCAACCAUCUUUCCUGGAGUAACAGUGUUUAUCGACCAGAUGCAAAGAGCAUUUUGACUACCGCUAUAAACGGUAGAGAUCCCGCGGCGGUCGAGGCAUUGCUGGAGCUCGGGGCUAAACCCGAGGUUGAUUUCGAUACAUACAUCUCAUCUGUCAAAAGCAAUGUUCACAUGGGGCGCGACACCGAGAGAAAUACAUCGUACUUUAGGUUAGGGUUUGAGCAACCUGUAUUCUCUGCUCUCCGCUCCGAUCUGCCUUCGGUAAUCCAAAUGCUCCUGGAUGCCGGUGCCGAUAUCAACUGUCUUUCUGAGAAUGCCUGGAAUAAGCGUCAGUAUCCAGAUCAAUUGCAGAAUGAUGCGGGUACUUUGUUGGACUUGGUUCGUAAGAGGAUUGAAUCCCUACGUGUGUUUACGACAAUGGGCAAAAUCGGUGGCGUGGACGGCAAUUUGACUUCCACUGGUUGGGUGGAUAACAUCAAUUACUACGCUCCAGUUGAGCCGAUCCCACUACAAGACGGUAGCCAUUACCUUCAAGACUACACACCCGGCACUUACUCCCAUUUGGUUGUGAGGAAGCAGAUUGAAGACGCUAGAACAAAGUAUGAGAAAGACUUGAAGACAUACCAAGAAUGGAUAGAGCCCGAGAAAGAGCCAAAGGGUACUGCUGAAAAGAAGGCGGCUGUCAAGUCUUUAUUCGAAGAGUUCGAAGCGCUUGAACGCCGCUUAGUCGAACGUGGCGCAAAGACCUUGGAGGAGCUUCACCCUGAGCUUGCAGGCCCAGAAAUUCCAGGACCCGAUCAUUACCGCCCCUACCGGGAAAAUCCAAAGCCAUGGAGCCAGAACCUGACCUUCCGUCUCCCGGAUUUGACUGAGGAGCGAAGGAAAGCUUACAUCAAGCUGUUCGAAGCAUGCUGGGAGGGUGAUCUCGUAACAAUCAAGAAGUUCACCCUAGCUAUCUGGGGUGACAACCAAACUCCUCUUCAAAUUGCCGUUCAGGAUUCAGAGGGCUUCUCACCAUUAUCUGUUGCUUUACUGCGCAAACACUAUGAGAUUGCAACCGCCAUCCUCGAGAUUGCGCAAGCGCAAUACAACCCAGAGCAAAAGCCCUCGGCUAGACACACAAUCCAACAAGAAGACGAAGAUGACAGCAGCACCGAUGGUGGUCAAGAUGAAAUCGAUAUUUUCUCUGAAAUUGUGGACGACCAAUUUACCAUUGAGAAUGUUGGUGAGGUACAAAGUCAGGUCAGAAGCACGAUAAAACCCCUGGAGAUGGUCAACUGGGUUUGCUCUAUGUUUGAGUUCCUUGCAAAUGAUGGUUCGCCAUCGAGGCUGGAGAUACCCGGUGGCGACCAAAAUCAAGAAAAGCGAGGAAAAAACAUCGGUCAACCACGCAAUCUUUUCCAGUUCGCCGCCUACUGGGAUGAUGCCAAUUUGUUCGAGUUCUUGAUUUCGAAGUGCGAAGAAUAUACCCGACUCGACUCGUCUGCCUCCGAUGAUACCAGUCGAAAAUUCUUUACUUUCUCUGAGCUCGACUUCCUGUAUACGAUAAGCCUUGGUCGAGUGCAACUGCUCGAGAAAAUCAUCAAACGCACUGGAGCAGGAUUCCCUCUGAACGAUCUUGUUGAAAAGAGCGGCAUUGAGAUACCCAUGAAGCCAGAGUACUACCAAGGGCUCUCUGUUCAUGGCAAGAAGCGAGCAGAUUGGGCAAAUGCUGGAAGAAAUACCAGUGGCAAAGUUCGUGACAUGCAGCAUCCACCCUUGCUGUGUGCGGCUCAUCAUGGGAACCUGCAGAGUGUCGAGUGGUUCUUGAGUGAUUCUCCGUUGCGUUGUUAUUUACAAUUUGCGGAUAGUCAUCACGACGACAUUCGGGUUCAGAAUCUUGCAAAAACCAAGGGUGGGCUUGAGGCAUCUGUUUCUAAAUGGCUUGGUCUGAACUCUCACUUGCUACUACACUGCGUCGUGCUGAGCCGGAAGAGUGAGGAAACUUCGUACUUGCUCCGGCAACUGUGCAAGUCACACCCUGAAGCUCUCGAAAAACGUUCGGUAAGCGGUAUGACACCACUGCAUCUCGCUUUUGCUCUCCACCGUGUCGAAAUGGCCAAGAUUCUUAUAGAAGCCGGCGCUGAUCAAACAACACGGAACAACGAGGGAAACAACAUCGUUCACUCAAUACUGGAAUUCUAUCAGUCUUGUAAAGUGAAAACCAGCGUCCUUCGUGGGAUAUUGGACUUGAUCGAUACUCGUCUUAUUCCUAGCUUGUUUCUCGAGCGAACUCAGAGCGCGCCCGGUGCAGCUACGCCGCUUGCACGCUGGGUUCAUGUCAAUGUACAGAGUCGGGAAUAUAGCUUUGACAAGGAAAGGCACGAGGAGACCCUUAAGCUGUUGCUUGAGUUCAGCAAAGGUGAGGAUCUUGGGAUCAUCAAUGGUGAUGGAGACACCCCUGUCCACGCUGUAGUCAGGUAUGGUGCAGACACAUUGCUACGCAUCAUGCUGGACCAACGCCCCGAAACCCUCUUCUUCGAGAAUGCGUCAGGACGCACCCCAUUCGAAAUUGCAGAAGACUCUUAUCUUUCAGGAGAGGUCUUCAGCAAUCCGCCACCGCUUUCGCCCCCUCAGCGACCUACAAAUCCGUAUCUAUUUGGUGUACUUAGAAGGGAUCCAGAAUCGUUUAUUGAGAGCCCCGAAGAGUAUCGCUCCAGCAUUGCGAAAUCAUUGCAUAUAUGCAGAGACAGUGCUUCAAAGCAGAGCGAGGGCCACAGGAGAAGACUGGUCAGUCUGGUUGAGGCCAACGAAGUCGCAAAAAGACUUGCGGCGAGGACUGAGACCCGAUAUGUGCGUGCUCAACUAGGCGAACAGCAAGUUACUGAGGGAGAGGAUGAGGAGAAGACCCCAAGGUCAGAUGAGGUGUCUGAAUGGUUCUAUUACGAGCUCAGAUCAGUUCCCUAG